GGCUGCUGCGGAACUUGGCGCCCCCAGCAGCGCCGGCCGGCAGAGUCGCCGAGCGCAGACAAAAGAGGCCGCGGGCGCAGCGAGGCACGGGAGGCGGCGGCGGCGCGGGGCGAUGGCCGCGAGAGGAGGCCGGGCGCUGCUGGCGCUGUGCGGGGCACUGGCCGCCUGCGGGUGGCUGCUGGGCGCCCAAGCCCAGGAGCCCGGGGCGCCCGCGGCGGGCAUGAGGCGGCGCCGGCGGCUGCAGCAGGAGGACGGCAUCUCCUUCGAGUACCACCGUUACCCCGAGCUGCGCGAGGCGCUGGUGUCGGUGUGGCUGCAGUGCACCGCCAUCAGCAGGAUCUACACGGUGGGGCGCAGCUUCGAGGGCCGGGAGCUCCUGGUCAUCGAGCUGUCCGACAACCCCGGUGUCCAUGAGCCUGGUGAGCCUGAAUUUAAAUACAUUGGGAAUAUGCAUGGUAAUGAGGCCGUUGGACGGGAACUGCUCAUUUUCCUGGCCCAAUACCUGUGCAACGAAUACCAAAAGGGGAACGAGACCAUCGUCAAGCUGAUCCACAACACUCGUAUCCACAUCAUGCCUUCCCUCAACCCCGAUGGCUUUGAGAAGGCUGCAUCUCAGCCUGGUGAGCUCAAGGACUGGUUUGUGGGUCGAAGCAAUGCCCAGGGAAUAGAUCUGAACCGGAACUUUCCAGACCUGGAUAGGAUAGUUUAUGUGAAUGAGAAAGAAGGUGGUCCAAAUAAUCAUCUGUUGAAAAAUCUGAAGAAGAUUGUGGAUCAAAACACGAAGCUUGCUCCUGAGACCAAGGCAGUCAUUCAUUGGAUUAUGGAUAUUCCUUUCGUGCUCUCUGCCAAUCUCCAUGGAGGAGACCUCGUGGCCAAUUACCCAUAUGAUGAGACGCGGAGUGGUAGUGCUCACGAAUAUAGCUCCUGCCCAGAUGAUGCCAUUUUCCAAAGCUUGGCUCGAGCGUAUUCUGCUUUUAACCCACCCAUGUCUGAUCCCAAUCGGCCACCAUGUCGCAAGAAUGACGAUGACAGCAGCUUCAUAGAUGGAACAACCAAUGGUGCUGCUUGGUAUAGUGUACCUGGUGGAAUGCAAGACUUCAAUUACCUCAGCAGCAACUGUUUCGAGAUCACCGUGGAGCUUAGCUGUGAAAAGUUUCCACCUGAAGAGACUCUGAAGAGCUACUGGGAGGAUAACAAAAACUCCCUUAUUAGCUACCUCGAGCAGAUACACCGAGGAGUUAAAGGCUUCGUCCGGGACCUUCAAGGUAACCCAAUUGCCAAUGCAACCAUCUCCGUGGAAGGAAUAGACCAUGACGUUACAUCUGCAAAGGAUGGCGAUUACUGGAGAUUGCUUGUACCUGGAAACUAUAAACUCACAGCUUCAGCUCCAGGGUAUCUGGCAAUAACAAAGAAAGUAGCAGUCCCUUAUAGCCCUGCUGUUGGGGUUGAUUUUGAACUGGAGUCAUUUUCUGAAAGGAAAGAAGUGGAAAAGGAAGAAUUGAUGGAAUGGUGGAAAAUGAUGUCAGAAACUUUAAAUUUUUAAAAAGCUUCUAAUUAGCUGCUUUUAAUCAAUCUAUCUAUACAAUGUAGUAUGAUGUAAUGUGGCCAUUUUCUUUUAGAUCUUGUGCAAUAUUUAACAUUGAUUUAUUUUUAAUCAUUUAAAUAUUAAUAGAUAUCACUUAAAAUAAACAACUAGACUUUUAGGUAAAAGUAUAAGAACUUGGUCUGUUUCUUCUCAUAUAACAUUCAUUUUCCUACAUAUAUUACAUGGAGAACUAUAGGAAAGGUUUGAGUGAUCUGCCAUUUUAGACUUAAAUGAAAUAUUCCACGUGUUAUUUACGAUCCAGAAGUUUUUGAGUAAUUCUGGCUUUUAAAAACUAAUGAAGUCCUUUUAGUGUAAUGGUAACAGUGCCACAUAGUGAAUGCCACUGAAAAGGUCAACAGCUACAUUUUGGUGUUGUGAGCAUUAUACCGCGAGACUUACAUAGUUCAGUAUAAAUUGUCAUUUGUCUUCUGCUGACUAGCUGUAUAAGCAUGAUCUUGUUAAUGCAUUUUUUGGAUGGGAAGGAAAAAUAAAUGUUUAGAAAGGGAUUUUAUGAUGAGAGUUGACUUCCUGCUUGCACAUAUGGGGGCGAUACUGUUAUAUUGUUCAGCCUGCUAACACUACUUAAAAGCUUAGGGUUUUCUCUUGGCUGUAGAUUGGUCUAGAAUUGUAUUCUGAAUGAAUAAAGGUAAAAAAAAAUA